GAUCACGGCUAGUCACAGUUCGAUUGAUCAUCCGGUGCUGUGAACAACAUCUUCUCCAACCCCGACGCAAAGAUGGCAUUCAAGUUUGUGGCUUUCGCUGCUCUGAUCGCCGUGGCCCGCGCUGGCCUCAUUGCAUCGCCCGCCGUCAGCUAUGCUGCCGCACCGGCCGUAGUUGCUGCUGCCCCGGUCGCCAAGGUCGCUUAUGCCGCUGCUCCGGCAGUGGUUGCUGCCCCGGUCGCCAAGGUUGCGUACGCCGCCCAGCCAGAAGAGUACGAUGCCAACCCGCACUACUCAUUCUCGUACGGCAUCUCGGACGCCCUGACCGGAGACUCCAAGUCCCAGCAGGAGUCGCGCAGCGGAGAUGUUGUCCAGGGAUCGUACUCCGUCGUUGACCCCGAUGGCACCAAGCGUACCGUCGAGUAUACGGCCGACCCGCACAACGGAUUCAACGCUGUCGUCCACCGUGAGCCGCUGGCCGCCAAGACCAUCGUCGCUGCUGCCCCAGUCGCCACCAAGGUCAUUGCUCAGCCCGCCGUCGCUUAUGCUGCCCCGGUAGCCAAGACCAUCUCGUACGCCGCUCCGGUCGCCACCAAGACCGUGGUUGCCAGCCCGGCCAUCUCGUACGCCGCUCCGGUCGCUAAGCUGGCCACACCGGUCGCUUACACCGCCGCCCUCCAUCACUAGAGUGCGCGCACAUCCACCCACGACUGUUCAGCAGAAUCCGGCACCGUUUGUACAUAUCUUCAAAACCCCACGUUACAAGACUCACGCCUGAAUCGUUUAAUUUAUUAAACGUAUUGUUUUGAAUAUUAAUAACAAUCAAUUGAAUCCGUCAAAACUA